GCGAUAGACGUAUAUUGUGGAUAGAAAUUUUCGAUUACAAUGUGCCUGAAAGUGUUGAGAAGUGCUUGCCACUGUUCAUUGUUUACAAAAUGGCCUCUCCAGCGACAAUGAAGUUUACAAAGACGGAAGCUGAGUAUAAUAUGAAAUCUAUUAGAUUUCUAUUAUUGACCAUAACCACAAUGUUCAUUAUCAUUGGAAUUCUAAUGAUAGUGCUGGGUAUCUCUGUAUAUACUCACUAUCACAGCUUCUCUUACUUCUACGAGAGUGCAAUGAGAGGCAGUAUCACAACACCGUCAGUACUGAGCGUGUUCCUUGGUCUAGUGCUUUUACUUGUCACAUUUUUCGGGUUCUGGGGCAGCAUAAAACGUAGCACCUGCAUGAUUAACUUUUACGCAGUGUUAUUGGGUUUCAUCUUAUUAAUUAAAUUAGUGAUCGUUAUACUGGCAUUCACGAUGGAUACAGCAACUUUGAUGAAUUAUAUAUAUUUGCCAAUGACAUAUUACGAAACCGACCCAGAAGUGCGAGCUGAAAUAAAUUGUUUACAAUCAUCGUUAAAUUGCUGCGGAAGCAGUUCCUACUUUGAUUAUGCUGGUAUGCAAUUAUCACCCAACGAAACGGUCACAGUUAAGUCUAAUCACGAGCAAGGAAUCAUCUUCAUAGAAGUCCCAAAGAGCUGUUGUGCUAUUGCCGACGGUGACGAGUGUUUGAGGGUGCGAUCGGCGGGCUGCAGUGAGGUAUUGGUCGGUGUAUUGGUUCAAAACGCCAGCGUGCUUGGAGUUUUAGGCGUGUCAGUUAUGUUUAUAAUUUUGCUUGGAAUAGUGUUUGCAUUGCUGCUGGCACGCUCCAUCAGAAAAUAUAAAAGUGAACGAGCCAUGUUGCAGUGGAAAAUAAGAGAGCAGAUAAUCAUGGCCCGCGAAAAUGAAAAGGAGAUAGAAAAUAACCCUGUUGUGUAUAUCACUGUGCCGGAAUCUAGUUCGGCUUAAUGUUAUACAUUCAUUAUAUAUGUUACGGUGCCAUAUCUAUAAAACCGAUAAUAAAUUAUUCUUUAAAGGAAUGUCUAAUUACGUCAAUUAAAUCACAGCCAUCACAUAGAGGAAGGCACCAUUAUGAGUCAUAA